UUUAAAAGCAUGAGCCCCUGACACUGCAAUCUGGUCUCACCUGUGGACGGGAAGCACUGUUUGGGACUCUUUCCUGAUUGGAACUCCAGAUUGCUAUUGACAAGGGACUUCCCAGCACCGUCUUUGACUCUUGAUAUUGAUCAGCCCAAUUUGGUGAUUGUACCACUCCACGAUGAGUUCUUCCAAACCCGCCUAUGCAGAUUACUUUGGCAGAAUUGGUGGAAUGCCAUUGUAUAAAAAAUUUAUUCAGUAUUGGCAUGAGGUGGAGAAAUUUGAGGCAAGACCAGAUGACCUUGUCAUUGUCACCUAUCCCAAAUCUGGUACAACGUGGAUUAGUGAAAUUGUAUGCAUGAUUUAUGCUGAUGGUGAUGUGGAAAAGUGCAAAAAAGAUGUCAUUUUUAAUCGAGUUCCUUACCUGGAAUGUAGAAAUGACCAGAUGAUGAAUGGAGUAAAACAAUUAAAAGGGAUGGCAUCUCCUAGAAUAGUGAAGUCUCACCUGCCUGCUGAGCUUCUUCCACUCUCGUUUUGGGAAAAGAACUGUAAGAUCAUCUAUCUUGCCCGGAAUGCCAAGGAUGUGGCUGUUUCUUAUUAUUUUUUCUUUUUAAUGGUGACUGCUAAUCCAGAUCCUGGUUCUUUUCAAGAUUUUGUGGAGAAAUUCAUGAAUGGAGAAGUUCCUUAUGGUUCCUGGUAUGAACACACAAAAUCUUGGUGGGAAAAGAGAGAGAAUCCACAAGUGCUAUUUCUUUUCUAUGAAGACAUGAAGGAGGAUAUCAGAAAAGAGGUGAUGAAAUUGAUCAAAUUUCUGGGAAAGGAGACAUCAGAUGAGAUUGUGGACAAGAUUCUAAAACACACUACAUUCCAGGAGAUGAAGAACAAUCCAUCUACCAAUUAUGAAACACUACCGGAUGAAAUCAUGAACCAUAAAAUAUCUCCCUUCAUGAGAAAAGGAAUUAUAGGAGACUGGAAGAAUCACUUUACCGUAGCCCUGAAUGAGAAAUUUGACAUGCACUAUGAGCAGCAAAUGAAGGGGUCUACACUGAAGUUCCGAACAGAAGCCUAGGAAGGGUUUUCUUAACAUCUGAGAUUAAAGUGUUCUUCCAUCCUUCCUCGCCUUCUUCCUUUUAAACUAGUAGAGAAUGAAUCAUACAAAAGAGCAUGAUCAGGUUCACAUGAUUACUGAGAUCUUAGUAUAAAAGAGCAAGAAAGAUUUUUUUUUCUGUGACAUUAUCUCUUUAAUAUUUUCUUUCCUUUUUUCUUUAUUAUAAAUAUUACACAAAGCUAUAACCUAUGAGAAUGAUGUAGGUACACACAAAUUGUUCAAGUUGUUAAGCCUCAAUAAAAAUAAUCAAACAUUCCAAAUUC